UGAAUCUGCUGCUGUGAAAGUGCAGGUGAGGGUGUUUCGUGGUUCAUGCAGUGCGAGCAGUGUUAGCAUGAAUGUUUAUAGUGAAAUAACUCAAUAAACUGCUGAAAAUCACCAUCAGAUCAAUAAACCGAUCAGAUGUGACGGAUUCACUGAUCAUGAAGGCAAACGCGUUUUCACGUGAUUUGGGAUAGUAAACAAAAAUAAACAAUUUCACGCUCCUAAACUUACAACACACAAUUCAAAUAUUUAAUAUUCCGACACACGUGGCCUGUCCUUCUAUCUUCUACAAUCCUGCUGAUGAAGAUGAGUGCCUGACAGAGCUGUGACACACUACACGCAUCAUGGGCUCAUCUCUCAGUGAACCCUGUAUUUAUGAUAAGUUAUCAGAGAGUAUAGAUAUUCUACGGCAGUCCGGUUAUCGUUAUGGGAUGUCCGAGAGAGAGAUCGAGAAGUUCAUCAAGCAGGUUUUAGAGACGAAUGAACCUCGACGCGACCCGCCGCAGUUCCCCAUCCUCAGAGCGACUGUCAAGUUUUUAGUUGCUGUUGGAGUUUUGCUGAUGGCGGUUUUAGCGUUCACGUACCCGCAAAGCUCCUCCCUCCUUGGGCCGCUGAGCGUGGCGGGACACAACUGGUCGUCUCCGCUCAGUCACGUGCGUCUGCUGUCGCUGCCCAUUGCGAAGAAAUACAACCUGCAUGGAUUUCAUGAGUGGUGGGCGGCUGGUGUUCUGCAGACAGCACAUGUGAACUGUUCCACAUGCGCAGACGUGACUGCAGUGCUGGAACUGACCGACAGUCUGAGCGAGUCUGUAGUGAUGCACAGAGAAACACAACCAGUGCUGCUGAAGGGUGGAGAGUCUGUGUCUCAGCGAGUGUCUCAGCUGGAACAGUUUUCCUCCUAUAUCUCCAGAUUCACGAGCGUUUCUCGGCCAGACACAUUCAUGCAAACACCUGCCAACUUCACUCUGCUCUGGAGUUUUUCGUCUAGUCGCAGAGAGACGGUCCUUCAGUGGUUAUUUCCUGAUGCUGAGCUCUGCCCCCUGCUGGACAACACAGGAACUACACUGCAGCACUGCCAACUGACUGACAACACAAGCUCCCAGAGCAGGAAAAUGCAGGUUCUGGGUUGGCUGGUUGUUGCUGACGGUUCUCCAGUCGUUCGGAUUCUUCCUGUUCAACAAUGCCAAAAACACUGCAGCUCCUUCAACCUGUGGCUAGAACCAGGAGAUAUAGUGUACGCUGACCCGCGAUACUGGCUGAUGGAGUUGUUUCCAGGUGAAAGUCAGAACGUCGUAUGUGACGGUCCAGUGCUCUGAGACUCAACAACUCACAUUCCAGUCUCACGACAUCACUUCCUGAGAGAUUAAAGACACUGAGACUCAACACAAACAUCUACAACCAUCCUGAGAUCUCACAAACUUCUCACUUUUUAGAAGAGGAUCGAUUAUUCGCUCUCUCAGCGGAGGACAACAACAAGUCUUUAAUUACAGGAAGAACCCUUAUUUAUCAGUGUUCUAACAUUGAGAUGUUCUUUAGUUCUUACUCUAGUUCUUCUGCUCUCAGGUGUUGAAACAGACAAGUGUCUGUUUGAGUCCAAAAGCACUGAGCUCAAGCAGACAUCAGCAGCUCACGAGUCUUUGAUUUUUUUUUCUUCCAAGAAGUAGAUGUUUCUUUCUCUUUAUUUAGAUGCUCAAACAUGCAGAUGUGAUGGAUCUCAGUGGUUGUUCUGUUGAACUUCUGUGAUUUUCAGUGAUGUUUUCUCUAGUUCUCUGAUCUUCAUGCAUGACGUCCGUUUGGAUGAAUCACGUGAAAACAUGUCCAGCUCACAUUUCACCUCAAAAACACAGAUGAACUUUAGAAAUUAGAUUUUGCCAUUAAUUAAGGGCCAUUAAUAUGUUCUGCAUUAUGACAUUAUUUUCAUGACAAGUAAAUGUUCUCCCAACAUUUUGUUUUUCAUAUUGCGUAACAAGACAAGGAAUAUUUUUUCAUAUUUCUGAAACUAAAAGAGAAUAUUUUUCGUAUUGCAAUAAUAAGAACAAUUUGUCCUGUAAAAUGUAUUUUCUGUACACAAAAUAUUCUUUCUGACUUUGGGUUGAAAUAUGACCCGGACGUGUUCUCCGUGUGAUUCGUGCGUCUGUCUGUCAGUCUCUGAUGCCUAUACAGAUCAGCCAAUCAAAGCACUUUAAAUGUUUGUCAUCAGCUGAUGAUGUCACAUCCUGAUGGAACUCUUCUUCAGUGCUGUUCCUUCACUGCUCUCCACCAAUCAGAGGCGAUUGAAUGUGAUGUCAUUAUCACGCAGUGUAUGGUGAUCAGGUUGUAAUGAUGUAUUUUAUUUACAGUUUGAAUAACUGAUGUUCAAUCAUUGUAAAUAAUGAGAAUAAGAUGUUUAUGUGAUUAUUACUAAUAUGAGAGAGAGAGAUUUAUGUUGAUUGUGAUUUACACAGUAAACAAUUGCUGCUGUUCCUAA